AUGUCGGAUGACGAUCUUCAGGACGCGUUCCGGUGUGGUGGCAGCGUGCAGGAGGAGCGGUUAGGCGCUUCCCGUAAGAGGAGCCGCGACCACGGCAGCGAGGUGGUCUCUCCUCUAAUUGUUAUCCGUAAACGGGGAGCGGUGAUUGUGUUACGCGCGCACGUGUCGGCGCAGGAAGCGCGGGGCCACUUCCUGCCGCCACCCCCGGCUGGGUGUUGUUGCUGGCACGGCCAGACUGGAGCACGGACCGGCCCGACACCCUACAACUGGAGGACGGCUCCACCACCUGGCGUCGGAUUACCUCAGCCGUACGAAUCGCGAGAGCCUGCGGACGCUCAGUACCGGCUGAUGGAGGCUGCGAAGGACGUUGCUCCCUCAGGUAUCUAUUACAGUGAGGAGACGGCGCUGUAUCUGACACAAGUGGCGCCCUCGCCGCCAGUCCCUUGCUGUCACCGAAUGAGAGGCUUGUUAGUUUGUCUUCUCCCAGGGUUGCCGCAAGUUCUGCUUAUUGUGACGGUUUGUGGUUCGGUUCUUUGGUGGAAACCAGGUGAGAUGUCUGAAGCAGUUACCACAGAAGCACCACCAUCUCGGAGGAGGAGCACCAGGGUGAGAAGAGAGAAAACACAAGAUCAAGAUAAGUCCAGUGUGAAAGAUGACAGUGGACUGGCCAACAAGAGGAAGGCUAGUAAUGGUGUGGCAGCAGCCACUGGCAGGCAGGAAGCCAGGGCAUCACCACUUGCUGGCAGAGUGGAGCACAGUGCCAAGGCUGCUGCAGGCAGUGCUGUAGGGAAGACACCAGUGCAGCCAAGGACAAAAGGGCGUGUUUCAGAUGCCACUGCUGUAGGCAAGGCCGAAGGGAAGGUGCUGGUGGCACCUGCUGGAAAGGCCAAGCGACGUGCGUUGUCAGCAGCUACUGGCACGGUGGAGGGUGGAAUCACUGUGGUGACAUGUGGGGUGCAGGGCCAGGUGCUCUCUGCCACCAACAAGGCAAACACCACACCCAUCAUAAAGAAGUCGAAGACCAAACCAGCUCCAAAAAAGGUCUCACAGCAUUCCAGCUCUGAAAGUGCCAGGGGAAGACGUGCUUCCUUUGAGAGGAAGAGCAUGUCCAGGAAGAGCCGGUCCCGCAAGUCCAGGAAAAGCCACAAGGGUUCUUCACACAGUGCUAGCUGUUUAACUUGUUCUGAAGACAGUUACUCUGAUGAAAGCCAUUCUGAUAGCUGUAGCACUUGCAGUGACUAUGAUACUGGAAGUGACAUUUCCUGCUCAUGUUCAGACUGUGAGUUUGAAGACCGGAUAAAAGGAAAGAGGCAGCGAGCGCCAAAGAAAAAGCCUGAAGUCGUGAUGAAAUUUCAUGGAAUUUACACACCUGACUAAAACUGUCAAAAUUUAUAACUACAUUUGUAACUAAAAUUUUUAAUCUUUGAAGGUUCACUUUUAUAAGAAUUGAUUUUUAAUUGUUUUGUUCACUAGCUUAAGAUAUUGAUAUUUUUUACUACAGUUUUUAUUUUAGUCUGAGCUAAUUUUAAAUACAAAAUACUUAAGCUAUAGCAAGCAUUCUGCAAAUUUUUAAGUUUUCAGUGGUGUUUUGGAAAUACUAUACACAAUAAAGGUUGUAUUAAAUAAUA